CCUUUAGCUGUAGGUCUCGUUUCUGUUCAAUGAGUGGUACCACAUUUGUGAACUUCCUGCUACAAAUGCUACAGCCUGCACUAGAUUCAUCUCACAGUUACAUCAAAGAGGCUUUCUUAAGGGUGAUGAUAUCACAUAUUGGUUUUUCCAUUUCCUUCUGGUUCAAAGUUCAGAUUCAUUAUCAAUUCAAACAACACACUUCAUCAGUUCCCGGAUCAACCGAAGUUGUUUUUCUGGCUAAGGUUCUGUCUCAUUCUUGGAGAUGCAGAACGGAAGAAAGCAUUUUUCAACCCCAAGUUGUAUUCCAGAUUGUUUGUUAAGUGGUUUUUGGGUCUUGUUUCCUAUGAUCCUCUUCCUGAUGCUGCCAACUUCUAGGUAAAAAUUCUGUUUGCAUGUUUGAACAAUCAUACUGUUAGUUUCUCAUGUAUAUUUCCUCAUUUGGUACUUUGAGGUGUUAACGUCUUUUGCAAAUUCUUUCCACACAUUACAAACCGUGAAAGUUCCUAGUUUCAGGUAGUUAUUUGUUUACUUUUUGGCUGCUUCUCUUUGGAAAAUAGUUAACUGGAUAAAUCUGCCUUAUUUUUCUUUAGAUUCAUUGUUAUAUGUCUACUAGGAAUUAUGAUGUGUGUAGUGCUACUAGGUUAGACGGUGCU